CAACUAGAAAAGGUCCCUCCUUCACCAGUCUCUCUCUCUGCCCUGGGCUGAGAGUUUCUCUUCUAUUCUCUCUCACUGAGAAGCUCUCCAUUGCCUGCUUUCAGAAAUCCUCCAUCUCUUUUUCCUUUCAUUUUCCCACACUUUCCUUCACUUUCCCACUACCCAGACAUGGGCCUCUCCACAAAACUCCACCGUAUAGACCUUCGUUCCACAUUCUUCACCUCUCUUCGCCCCUCUUUCACCCCGAAUUCCUCCUCUCUAAUCUCCCCCAAGACCCUUAAAUUUAGACCCACUAAAAUAACUGCCCAGGUUUCCACUCUCAGCGUUGAAACCUCCGUUAAAGACCCUCAAAACGACAUCGAGUCAUUGUUUUCCACCAACACAGUCGAAGAAGUUGAUCGAAAACGCGCCAACAAGCGGUCCAACACCGGCUCUUCGGGUAUUUCCUCCGGUGUAAAGCUCGAAAACAUAAGCAAGAGCUAUAAAGGAGUAACGGUUUUGAAAAAUGUGAGUUGGGAAGUGAAAAAAGGCGAGAAAGUUGGAUUGGUUGGAGUAAACGGAGCAGGGAAAACGACUCAGAUGAGAAUUAUAACGGGGCUAGAAGAACCUGAUUCGGGGAAUGUUAUAAAGGCGAAACCAAACAUGAAAGUUGCGUUUUUGAACCAAGAAUUUGAGGUUUCGAUGAGUAGGACGGUGAGGGAGGAGUUUAUGAGUGCUUUUAAAGAGGAAAUGGAGAUUGCAGACAGGUUAGAGAGGGUUCAAAAGGCGAUUGAAGGGGCUACCGAGGAUUUGGAGUUGAUGGGAAGGCUUUUGGAUGAGUUUGAUUUGUUGCAGAGGAGAGCUCAGGCUGUGGAUUUGGAUGAGGUUGAUGCUAAGGUUAGUAAGUUGAUGCCAGAGCUCGGGUUUUCCCCUGAGGAUUCGGAUAGGUUGGUCGCGAGUUUUAGUAGCGGGUGGCAGAUGAGGAUGUCACUUGGGAAGAUUUUAUUGCAGGAGCCUGAUUUGUUGCUUUUGGAUGAGCCUACAAAUCACCUUGACCUUGAUACAAUUGAGUGGCUUGAAGGAUAUCUCGACAAGCAAGAAGUGCCGAUGGUCAUUAUAUCUCAUGAUAGAGCUUUUCUAGAUCAGUUGUGUACAAAGAUAGUGGAGACUGAUAUGGGCGUUUCCAGGACGUUUGAGGGUAAUUAUUCUCAGUAUGUUGAAGCAAAGGCAGCAUGGGUUGAAAACCAGUGUGCUGCAUGGGAGAAGCAGCAGAAGGAAAUUGAGCAGACAAAAGACUUGAUAAACAGAUUAGGUGCAGGAGCAAAUUCUGGCCGUGCUUCUUCUGCUGAAAAGAAGCUGGAGAGACUUCAAGAAGAGGGUCAAUUAGAGAAGCCAUUUCAGCGGAAACAAAUGAAGAUAAGGUUCCCUGAGCGUGGAAGAAGCGGCAGAUCUGUUAUUACUGUUAAGAAUCUGGAAUUUGGUUAUGAGGAUGACUUGCUAUUUAACAGGGCGAAUCUUACAAUUGAAAGGGGAGAGAAAAUUGCCAUUAUUGGUCCAAACGGUUGCGGAAAGAGUACUUUACUGAAACUGAUAAUGGGUUUGGAGAAGCCAAGAGGAGGUGAAGUGGUACUUGGGGAGCAUAACGUUCUACCAAAUUAUUUUGAGCAGAAUCAGGCUGAGGCUCUUGAUUUGGAUAAAACAGUGCUUCAGACAGUGGAAGAAGUGGCAGAAGACUGGAGAAUUGAUGAUAUUAAGGGACUCCUAGGUCGUUGCAACUUCAAAGCUGAUAUGCUCGAAAGAAAGGUUUCCCUUUUGAGUGGUGGUGAGAAGGCACGACUUGCUUUUUGCAAAUUUAUGGUAAAACCAUCAACAUUACUAGUUUUGGAUGAACCAACUAAUCACCUCGAUAUACCUUCGAAAGAAAUGCUGGAGGAGGCAAUCAGAGAGUACAGCGGCACUGUCAUUACUGUUUCACAUGACCGAUACUUUAUUAGGCAAAUUGUUAACAGAGUAGUGGAAGUAAAAGAUGGACAUUUGCAGGACUACAUGGGUGAUUACAAUUAUUAUCUAGAGAAAAACCUUGAGGCAAGGGCUAAGGAGCUGGAGCGUGAGGCAGACCUUGAAGAGAAAGCUCCCAAAGUGAAAGCCAAAUCCAAGAUGUCAAAGGCUGAGAAGGAAGCUCGAAAGAAACAGAAAAUGCAGGCCUUUCAAGCUGCUAAACAAAAGUCGAAAGGGCUGAAGAAUUCCAAGAGAUGGAAAUGAAAUAUUCCAUCUAUACAUGAAAUUGAUUAAGAAUGACCAAUUGUUAAACCAAUUUUACAGUGUAAAGUGCCUAGGAUGUGGAUGACCACCAGCACCAUCUGUAUAUAAUGUUGAUAGAAAUACAGUUCUAAAUUGAAGCUCUUACACGAGUUAUGGUAGA